CCUACCUUUACACAAUAGUCUCAGGUCUUAAACCUUAGCGAUUGGCCAAUGGGAUGAAAAGACCGUCCGGACUUAAAAUCCAUUAACAGUAGGCACCUCGGCUACUAGUAGGUAUUACUUGCUACCUAGUACGCAGUCAACCAUGGAUAUCAGACAUGAGACGAAAUGCCAUAGACUUGGCGUCUUGAACAUGUCACUAAUCGGCUACACGGAUUGAAUCUCGUCUUUUUGAGUGUGAGUGUUGGUGUCGAUAAAAGGUAUGAGGCAUCCUCGUCUCGAUUUAUGAUCGACAUUCUUCUAGGUUAAUCAUUUAUCACUUUUUUGCUUGUUUCUUCUUCAUAUCCUUCUGGAAGGGGUUCUUUCGUUUUCGUUUCUUUUCCCAAUUCGUUCGUUUCUAGCCAGGAUUAGAUAUCCCCUUCUCUGCUGAUCAUUCAACACUUGCCUUUCUUGAAAGCAACAAAACAUCAACUCAAAUAACAUAUACCGAAGAUGCGUGCCUCACUAUCUAUCGUCUCCCUCCUGGCCGGAGCUGUCGCCGCGGCACCCGCACCGAAGAUCCCCUUCGUAACGGCCACUGACGUCAUACCUGCCCCUGCUGUCAACGCCCGACAAAGCGCAAGCCAAGCGUGCUUCGUGAUCGGCUCCGAGACGCUGCCAAAGGAAGUCUCCGAUGUUGCCGCCGCUUUAGCUUCAUCGGUGACCUGCGACAAGUCUGCGACCACCAUUGCCAACGUUCCGGAUGUGACCUCUGGGUCUACGACUUUCUCUUCCAUCGACUUCAGCCAGUCAAGCCAGACUGCGCUGCAAUUCGCCCUAUCGAAGUUCGCAACAGCCAACCCACUCGCUGACACCGACCUGCAGACCUUCCAGGAUAUGCUGGAUGUGUACCAGGCGACGGAGGCAGGCAUCCGCAGUGUGGGCGGAUCUCUCGCUAUCAAGGUGCCAAAGUUCUUUUUGGAGAUGCAAGUUAGCCGAAUCCAAACUGCGCAGGGUAACCCACCUACCGCUGCCGGACUUCAGGUAGACCACCUUCGCGACAAGGUCCUUAAGAAUGCACCGCGUGAAUCCAAGGACUUGCUCGACCAGGUUACACAGCUUGCGACGGUGUUGAGUUAGAGAAUAGAAGAUAAAGAAGAGAUAUAGUUAGCGGUCUAUACCAGCGACGGAACUCGCAGAUACCUUCUAAGACAGUCGCAAUAGCGUAAUUGAUAUUAGCGUAUGACGAGUAG